UGGCACUGCUAGAAGUGUCACCGGACGCAGGAGACAAACAUUUGCCAGCGACGCUCCCGGACUUUAGUAUAUCGCACGUGUCCUUGUCCGGCAUGCAGGCGCCCUACUGAAAGAGGUCAGUGAAGGUGGAAGCAUGGCCGAGAGAACGCAACUUACCGGAUAUCUCGUCUACAAACCGGGAGGCACUUUUAGUCGACUGAAGAGUUCGAAGCGACAGUUUUAUGUGUUGGAUGAUCGCCACUGGCGUCUUUUUUUCUAUCGUUGCGAAGAAGACUUCCGAUGUUCUAGACCACCCCUAGGGUCCAUUGCCCUGACAGAAGCUGCUAUCACUCUCGCAUCGUCUGAUGAUGCCCAUCAGUUCGUUGUCCAUUCGGAGGGAAAAGAACAUAUCCUCACAGCUGACAGUCACCGAGCUAUGAUGACUUGGGCAUUAGCUCUUCAGACAAAGCGAGAUGCUUGGGAUAAGAUGAUGACUUUAGGCACCACGCAAGAUGAAUUGAGGCUAACCUACACAGAGGCACAACAAAAGGCACUACGAUCAACAGAUAAACCUUCAGUGCAAGGUAGGAAACAGUCAUUACAGCUUAAUGGAGGAGCUCACGAAUCGCUUCGAAAGAUAGUUUCUGUCUCUUGGGAGAAAAGGAGGAACUCUACUCUAGCGGAUAUAGGUUAG